GUAUUAUUCCGUGUGUAACCUCAACUUGUCAAAUAAUUUCGAAAAAGACAUUAAUUACAUUCCUUAAUUACUUACAUUAUUACAUUAACAUUCCAAUAUCUCGUAAAUGAUUCAUAAAGUAACACCUUUCAAUGUUUUUAUCAUAACCUAAUUAAAAAAAGAGCAAAAAAAUCCAGCGGAAACACUCGGAAUGAUUAGCUGGAAUGCAAGAUAAGAUCGCUACCAACAAGUUAUCAACGGCAUGUUUUCUAGUUUGUAAGGUAAUACUUUUUUUAAACGAAUGCCGCGUAUCGAUAUCGUGGAGAAAGUAAAAGUGUGCUAACGUGGAAUGGGUAAAGCGAGGCCAAUCGUUUUUAACUCUCCCAAGUGGCACACUUCUUAUCUCGCUGCGACCACCAACACCUAAAUUAUUAAUUAUAUUUAUGAAAGUUAUGGAUGAACUAAAGAAAUCCCUUGAAAGUGCAGGUCAAGAACACCUUUUAAAGUUUUAUCAUGAACUGGAUGAGUCUCUUCGUGACAUCUUCAUGAGCCAGCUGGAACAAAUCGAUUUCAGCGAGGUAACAGAACUUUUUAAACGAGCCAUAGCAACAGCCGAAGAUGAUGUCCAAAAGUUAGAUGCAAGAAUGAAACCUAUUCCUGAUGCUAGUUAUGGAUCAGAAAUUAAAUCAACACAAGAGGAAUUAGAUAAGUAUAAUGGUAUUGGGUUGGAGGCGGUUUCGAAGGGCGAGGUAGGUGUUUUACUUAUGGCUGGGGGACAAGGAACUCGCCUUGGGGUUUCGUAUCCAAAAGGAAUGUAUUCAGUUGGAUUACUUUCUAAUAAAACUUUAUUUCAAAUUCAAGCGGAACGUAUUCGCCGAGUUGAGAUAUUAGCCGAAAGACAAACCGGUAAAAAAGGUGUGAUCACUUGGUACAUAAUGACGAGUAAAUCAACAAAAGAACCAACCGUUAAGUUUUUAAUCGAUAAUAAUUACUUUGGGUUAAACCCCGAUAACGUUGUGAUAUUCGAACAAGGUGUUAUACCAUGUUUUGAUUUUAACGGUCGAAUUUUCUUAGAAAAUCGCCACAACAUCGCCUUAGCUCCAGAUGGUAAUGGAGGGAUUUACAAAGCUUUAGCCAAAAGUGGAGCUUUAUCUGACAUGGAAAAACGUGGAGUUCGUUACGUUCACGCACACAGUGUUGACAAUAUUUUAACAAAAGUAGCAGAUCCAAUCUUCAUGGGUUACUGCAUCUCUAAAAAUGCCGAUUGCGGAGCUAAAGUUGUUUGCAAAAGUACUCCAACGGAAGCUGUAGGUGUUGUUUGUCUUGUAGACGAAAAAUUCCAAGUCGUCGAAUACAGCGAAAUCACCGAAAAGACAGCCCAUCUUACCGACGACAAAGGUGAUUUAUUAUUCAACGCAGGAAACAUUUGCAACCAUUUCUUCUCAACGAAAUUCUUAAGAACGGUCGUCAACGAAUUCGAAUCACAAUUAAAACUUCACGUUGCCAAGAAAAAAAUCCCUCACAUCAACAACAACGGCGAAAUUGUAAAACCAACAUCACCCAACGGUAUUAAAAUUGAAAAAUUUGUUUUUGACAUUUUCCAAUUUACCGAUAACUUCGUCACUUGGGAAGUACCACGUCACAAAGAAUUUAGUGCUUUGAAAAAUGCCGAUGACGCCGGGGUUGAUUGUCCAUCAACAGCCCGUAAACAUUUAUUCAAUUUGCAUAAAACGUAUUUACAAAACGCAGGAGCCAUCGUUGAAAUUGACGAAAUCGAAAUUUCACCUCUUCUUUCUUACGGCGGCGAAGAUUUAAACCACUUCAAUGGACAAACAAUCAAUACUCCUUUAUAUUUAAAAUCGAAACAAGAAGAAAACUAAAAAAUUCAUUUUUUUACAUUUUUUUUUAUCUUUUAAAA